AUGCGCGUGCUGCGUCCGACGGCGCUGCGGCGUCUCCGCGCUCAGACCGAUCGCAACCAGCGUCUGCAGCUCAUUGUUCGCGCCUUCAGCGACGCUACGGAUCCUGCCAAGCGUCCUUUGGGCGGCUCUAUCACUCCGUUUGUUGCAACUGACUCUGCUCCGCGUGUCAAUGGCUUCCACAAUGGCAACAACGGCCACACGCAGCCCGAGACGCUGCAGUUUCUAGCAUCAUACCACGAAGACGAACAGCAUCAGCAUCAAGACGUUGAAUUUACAGCGCAACGCAUCGGUUUCCCCAUCAGCGAGGCCGAAUAUAAGGAACACAACGAAUAUCAGGAAGAGGAGGGCAUUCGCGAGGAAUCUAGAGCCGAGGCGACCGCAAAAGCCGAGCGAAUCAUGGCUGUAUUGCGUCAUUCCAUGUCGGAGCUGGAGAUUGGCAAGGUCAUCCACCGUAUUGCGCAGUACGCGACGCUGCCGCGCGUCACUGGCCUCUCCAGGAAGCAGUUCCUGCGCUCAUUGGAGACGCGAUUCGGUGAGAGCAACAAGAAGGAGUUCAGCUACAUGCUUGCGUUCCUACAGGGGCGAGACGACGUCAUUGACCAGUUAGAAAUCGACUCGCGAAUGGGCGGCGACGCCGUCGAGGAGACCAACGUCGUCACCAUUGAGACGCAUGCAGUAGGGAGCCCAAUCGACGAGUUUGUGGUGCCUCAGAUCAUGGGGCUGCAUCCAGAUUUAGUCGCGGACCCAAAAUUUGUGAGCGUUGUGUUCUGCUACUGCCGUUUGGCGUGUCUGAACUCGCUCAAGCUCAUGCAGCGCCCCGCCGCGGGCUUUAACCGCGGCUCCAAGUCCAGUUUAUGGCAGGUUAAGGCGGAUUUCCGAAAGGUGCUGGACAUGGAGGGAUAUUCGCACUACGCCGACAUGCUGGGACUGGAGAAACACUCUUUUAAGCAGGACGACGAAGACAUCGACGCGGUGGACGCCGAGUGGGAGGAAUUCAACCUGGAAAACGACCGGAUUGACUUCCGCAUGCUACUGUCACAGACCCAAGGGAUCGUGGACUUUAUGAAGACUGAACUGUCGAAUGAAACCAUCUCCAAGAUGCUCGUGGCCAUGCUGGCGUCGGUCAAGACCUCCAAGCUGCAUCGCAAGAUCUUCCAGGAGAUGGUGUGCAAUAUCCAGACAGCUUUCCCCGAUACAUACCACGAACAGCUUCUGUCCGAGCUCGUGCCGUUUCUAUCGGGCGAUAAUGCCACAUACGAGGACUUUGACUCGGAAGUAGCGACGACGGCGCUGCAGCACCACCAGAUGCGGAAUGAAGCCAUCAUCCGAGCUUUACUGGAGACGCGUAUGCGUGUGGGUCACAUUCUGAUCAACGAUAUCGACGAAGUGGAGCCGACGCAGUCGAUUCCAAAGAAAUUGACUCCAGAGCAGCAUGAGAAGGUCAUCACGACGGCCUGGAACAUCGUGUCGGUGCUGGACGACCGCAAGUAUCACAUGUUCUUCACGCGCUUCCUCAAGUACAAGCUGGCGUGGCGACCGAACCGUGCCACGUUUGGAGAAACGUUUCUAUUGGAUGUACGGAAGACGCUCGGUCCUCGCGAUGCUGAAGCCAUUAUGCCCAUGUUCGAGGAAGUGUAUCAACAAUUGUCCGUGGAGACGCUCACGAUCUGUCGCGUCAAGCUGCGUCACUCCAGGAAACUGCUACGCGGUCGAGGUGUGUUGGAGCCGUUGAACGACGCCGGUCGCGAGCGUCUGGAGACCGCGUGGCAGCCGUCACACUGCGCGUUCUACCGGAAUCUACCGCACGGUGUGACCAAGAAACACUUGGAGAACGCGCUGGGUCACGUGGGAGGCGUCAAGCGCUUCUUCCUCUUCUCCAACCCCAUCAACGGUCCGCCCGAGUCGCCGGAUGAAAAUAUAGACGACGAAGAGGACGACGACGAUGAAGAAGACGACGAACCAGAAGAAGACGACGACGAAGAAGCGGACGACGAUGAGAAGCCCAAAAAGAAGAAGAAGAAAGCGAAAAAGACGAAAUCGGACGACUCGCUGCCCAAGGGCAAGGAACUCAAGACCAUGAAGAUGCCCAAGUACAAGCAGAAGAUCAUCGCCAGUGACAAGAAGACGCCGUACCAAGCGGUGGUGGAAUUUGAGUCGGAAAGCGCCUGUCGCAAGGCGACGAUGCGAGCGUUGCAGAUCUUCGGCGUCAUGAUGGCUGGCUGGAAGGAGUACCGCCCCGUGUUCUCGUCAACAGUGGACGAGCACUCGGGCGUCACUUUAAUGAACGUUCCGUACGGAACUACAGUCGGAGAGUUGGUGGAUCAAGUGAACGAGAUCUUGACUAAUGCGGGACUGAACAUGAAGGUGUCGGGCUUGGUGCCUCGAGGCGUGAUGCUCACAAAUGGACGCUUGGAUCUACGCUUCCCGUCGUUCGUGGAGGCUGCGCAAGUGAUUGAGUUGUUGGAUGAACAUGUGAGCAAGAGAAAGUGUCGUCGGAGUCUUUCCAAGCGAGACGCGGUGCUGUUUAGCGAAUAUUUGCGACUCAAGAAGAAUAUGGCCAAGAACGAGAGGAAAGAGAAGAAGAAAGAGGAAGAAGAGCAGUUAGCACGCGAGGAGGAAGGCGAUCUGCAAGACGACGAAGACCCUUUGUGCUUUGGUGUGGAUGAAGACGACGACGAUGAAGACGACGACGAAGAGGAAGAAGACAGCCACAAGAAGAAGAAGAACGUCAUGGAAGUCCGAGAAUCCCUCGACGAAUACUUCGCCGAGUGGCUCGAGGCCGAAGCCAAUAUGACGGACGAGCAACGCGCACUCAGCGACGUGCCUCGUCCGUUCGACGUCACGUGGACGCCGCUGCCCAAGCCCCGAAACAAACACAUGUAUCUGUAACCUGUCUACCCCCAGCGACAAACAGGCGUAAGCGCACGUGUGAAUAGACAACUCUCCAAAUGCA